AUGGCUUCACCUGAGCUGGACCAUCAGGGCAAGGAGCGGAGCCGAGGAUCGCACCUGGGCGCGCAGAGGGCACCCACAGGGGAGCGGGGCCGCCCCAAGCUCCCGCAGACCCUCCCGCCACGGGAAACCCGGGCAGGGACACGCAGGAGAGGCUCCCCCCACCCCGUGCGAGCCCGCAGGGACGCGGGGGAGGCUGCGAGCGCUCAGGAGAAGCGAGCCCGGGUCCCGCAGCCCCUCAGGGCUCCCCCGGUGCCGCCCUUACCUCAGGGCCUGGCGGCAGCGCUGCCCGAGCGAGUGAGCGCGGCCCCGCCGCCAACGCCGCCUUAUAUCGGCCGUGAGGGGAGCCCGCCUCCCGGGGGCGGCUCCGGCGGCCUGGCUCCCAUCGGCACGGCCCCAAAGGCGAUCGGCCCAGCCCCGGCUCGGCCCCACAGCCCUACAGCACGGCCGGAGAUCCGCUCAGCGCAGCCCCGGCUCGGCCCGGUCCGGCCCCGGCUCCGGCCCCGCCCGGGGAGCGAGGGCACUUACAGCCAGAUAUGGGCAGACACCCAGAGAGAGCUGGACACCAUGCUCCAGAGAGAGAGAGAGGAGUUCCUGCAGCCACAGGAGGACCCUGAGAACGUGAUGAAGAUGUUGGCCACGGCCUACGUGCAGUACCUGGCAAUCAUGAGGAAGCUGGACGAGGCCCACGACCACCUGAUCCACCAGCAGAAGCGGGCGCUGGUUCGGCAGGCACUGGACGGGGUCAUGGGCCGCAUCCUGGAGAUCAAGAGAGAGAUGGUGGCCCUGGAGUACUCCGAGUGCCACUCCAUGGCUGGCAUCCUGAUGGAGCUGCAGCGUGUCCCGGAAGACAUAGAAAUACCCAUCCCAAAGUAUUUCAUUAAAGAAAAUCUGGGAAUCCUGCAGUACAGGGAGAAAUACCUGCAUGAGGUUUUGCUGAAUGCUGGUUUGCUAGAACAGGAAGCUGUCACAGUCAUGACCCUCCAGGAGAGCAUUAGAGUGAUCCAGGUGGCAGAACGGGCUCGCCAGGGCCGUGCUCGAGCAGCCUUCAUGAGGAGAAUUUACUUUGAAGAGAAAAGGCAAAGUCAAAAAGGUGACCAGAAGAUGGUUAAAAGCCCAGAUGAUGCUGCCACUUGCAUUCAAAAGGUCUGGCGUGGGCACAGGCAACGCAAGGAAACAGAGAGGCUCAGAGAGGAGGAAAUGAUAUUUCUGGGCAUGAGUCUGCCUCCUGAAUUGGAGGCAAUGAACAGUUUGCAGAAAGCAAAUGUCCUGGAAGGUGAAGUCCGGGAAAGACCAAACUUUUCCUUCAGGCAUGAGCUGAGGGCAGCAGAGGGGCCCCACAUCAAGGAAACCCUCCAGAACGAGAUCACCCAGUGCUUCCUCGAGUGCAGGCAUAUCACAGGCAGGUUUCCUGACUAUCCCCCUGAGAAGGCAGGUGGUUCCAAGGCUAUUCUUAGUGAAAAGCAUCCAGAGCAGAUCGUCCAGGAGCUGGCUGCCAAGAAGGCAAAGGCAGAGGCAGAGAAAAAUGAAGCAGAUAAGAAGGUAAAAGAAGUCAAGGAACCAGUCCAAGAGAAAAAGCCUGAAAAAGCUGGAAAGGAGGUAGUGGAUGAAGGCUGGAAAAUGGCUCCAAGCAAUUUCCUUUUGAUGCUGGAGGAAGGAAGCUCUCAGUACCAAGUCUUUUGGGAGAACAGAGAUCACAAAUCAGAUUUUCUCCAGGAUCAUGACCCAGAGCUGAUCAGAGCAGGGGAACGGGGAGAAGUGGAGGAGGAGAUCAGAGUGCAGGUCGAUGAGGUGAUGGAGGAGAAGCUGCUGAGAGUCAAAGAGGCUCUGGAUGGAGAGACAGGUCCUCCAGCCAAACCUGGCAAAGAGAAGGGAAUCAGGACACCUGCCAAGAAAAAGAUUUCGGAGCUGGACAAAGAUCUGACUCCUCACAGGAGCAUUGACUCCCUGUACCAGGAACUUGCAGAAGAAAGAUUGCUGAUCCAAGUCAAGAAUGUGAAUCUCUCUGACUACAUGGGCUACUACGACUGUCUGAUGAGCAUCCUUCGUGAGGCAGGUGCCAUGCCCGUGCCCUCCAUCCCAGAAGUCAGACAGCUCGUUGCCCUCUAUGGAAUACUGCCCUUGGGUUCCCAAACUGUCCAUGAGAAUGCUCCUCUGGUGAAAUCCCUGCUGCUGGCAGGACCUGCUGGUGUUGGGAAGAAAAUGUUGGUGCAUGCCAUCUGCACAGAAACAGGAGCCAACCUCUUCAGCCUCACUCCUUCCAGCACUAGGAAGUAUCCAGGCAAGGAGGGCCUCAUCAUGAUGCUGCACAUGAUCCUCAAGGUGGGCAGGGAAUUGCAGCCUUCAGUCGUGUGGAUUGGAGACACAGAGAGAUUGUAUGCCAAAGGGGCACUGAAGGGAGAAGAAGAGGUGAACUUCAAACGCCUGGCCAGGCUCCUGCCCCAGUUCCUGAGGGUUCUGAAACCCAAGGACAGGAUCCUGCUCCUGGGCACCUCCAGGAGACCCUUUGAUGCCAACCUGGGACCUUUCUGCAAGCUUUACCAGAAAAUCAUUCUCAUCCCAAAGCCUGACUACCUGACGAGAUUUGCCCUGUGGAAGCACUACAUCCUGCAGAGUGGUGGGGUCCUCACCAAGCUGCUGAACCUCAACUGCCUGGCCCAGGUGUCAGAUGGCUUCACCCAGGGCCACUUUGUGGACGUGGUGCACACUGUGCUGACCGAGCUGAGGCUGCUGCAGAUGGCCAGGAAGCCCCUGAGCACUGCUGAGUUUGUCACUUCUCUGGCCAGGCACGACCCAGUGUACAGAGAGGAGGAAGAGACGUUCCAGGCCUGGUAUGCCAAGACCCCGCUGGGGAAAGCGUGGAAUGCAGCACGGGAAACAGAUGAAGGAGGAAAAGGAAAAAGAAGGAAAGGAAAGAAAAGAAAAGGGAAAGGGAAAGGGAAGAAGUAACUCCCUCGAGGAUUUUUCACCUGGCCAUACCAGCCACAACUCUGUUUCUCUGUGCAGGCAUGGCAGAUUAAUGUUAUAGGCAUUCCAGGGAAGAGAAUUCCUCUCUGAAUGAAUUUUUAAAAGUUUAAAAAAGAAAAAAAAAAAAAUCAGAUGAGAUGUAACAUGUAGCUCUCAGAGGAUAAAGAGUUAAUGACCACUGACUUGCUCAAGCAUUAUUUAUUCUGAGAUAUUUUAGGGGGCAGGAGGGUUCAUUACUCAGGCCUGUAACAUGCCAUCAACUUUUAGGCCAUACUCAUUUAUUUCAGCAAGUAACUCUCCUUAAAAAUUGAUGUCACUUUAAUGUCUUUCAUUACUUUAAUAUCCUAUAUGCUUUAUAAAACUAA